UUCAUAGCAACGCUCCUUGGAUACCAGGAGGCGGAAGCGCGCCCAUAGUGGCGGACAAAAAACUGCCACAGCAAUAACAACAUCAGCAUGGACUCUCUACGGAGGUUGGCUGGGUCACCUCAGUUGCCUGAAGAUGAAGAUGUGAGACAGUCUGUUGGACAAUCUGGACCAGGAUCUGAAAGUCAUGGCAGCCACGAACAAACAGGGAGAAACUCUUUACAGUUAGAGUUUCAGGACAGUAAUCUUUCUCCAGCCCUUCCCCUGCUGCCUGCACACUCUGGAGGGGAGCAUAACUUCACUGAAUAUUCUUUAUUCCAACAAAGUGAUGCUGAAUUUGCCCCAUUAAGGCCAUACCCUGAUGUUUCUAUGAUAUCUGAGAAGUUGCACUUCACACCCCUGGGAGCGUUGGAGUGCCCCUCAUUAACUCGGCGUGCUUUGGCCCAGGAAGCCAGACUUUCUGAGGAGGGAGGGAGCAGCUGCAGCUCUCUGUCCCAGCACAGUUUGUCACCAGAUGAAGGCAGACGAGAAGAAAGGGUUUCCCCCCCGCUGACUGGAACCACUGAGAACAAGCCGGGAGUCGAAGACAAGGACAUGGAGACAUUAACCGAUCAAAUAAAUAAACCAGUAGGAGAGGCUCCUGACAGUGACACUUUUUUUCUGAGUAAAGAUGUUCCUGCUCAGCACCUUCUGGAGCUUCUUCAGAAAGAUGUGGGCAUACUAAGCAGCAGCAGCAGUGCCGUUUCCUCCUCCUCUGAGACCUCUGUGAAAAGGACUACAUCUACAUGUGAGGAGCCGAAAAAUAGACAAGUUAGUGAAGCAGACAGUGACCACAGCAUGGUUAUGAGAGAAGGGCCUCCAGGUGAAGCCUCGGUUUCCCCGCAGCUGACACGACAAACUGACAGAGGUUUCUACCCCAUCGAGUCACAAGAAGCUGUGUCCCAGGUCUGUAAUGUCACCACGGGAUCCCGUGGCACCCAACCUGACGACACGACUGAGGCUUUACACAGAGAUCUGCUGUCUGAGGCUCAGAGGGCCGAGGUUAAAAGCCAGAAAAACACCACAACACGAGGGGAAACUCAAACAGAGACGUCAGGAGGUAAAUCAAGUACGAAGUGGACGGGGCCGUUUUCUGCAGGAGUAGAUCGGUCUCACAGAGUACAAGAGCUCUGGUCCUCAGGGAACCAGACCGGAAUCGACGGCUCCUACCUGGGUUUCCUUCCUCAGUCACAGUCCACCCCUGGUGUUUUCAAGGCUCCUCUCAAAUCUGAUGUCAAGGCCAGAUUUGGGCACCUUUCAGCCAUCGACUCGAACAAAGACAGCUCGUACCAGUCGAGCGCAGGGGUCUGUCCACAGUCUGCAGACGCCCAUCACCCUGACGCAGAAAGUCCAGAAGAAGCCUCCUCUGCUAAAGUCCAGUCUCUCCCAAGCCUUACCUACGUUCAGAAAGUUGACGCUUGGAGGGCCAAUCAGAGUUCAGGGAAAACUUCAUUGUUCGACAGCCUGGCGCUACAAGGGUUUUGUGGCGUCUCACCUAAAAAGAAAGCAUACGAUGCGGUGUCGGACACACUAAAUCGCAUCCUGAGUCAGCAUGUCGGCAGGUUCACUCAGUCACCCAGUGUUUCCAGUGCGACCAAUCAGAAUGUAGCACCGAACACCUCCACAGCUCCCUCUGGGUCUUCAUCUUCACGCAGAGGGGAGGCAGUGGGCAGUGCUCCCAGUGAAAAGGAGAACACAGGGUCUGCAGCGCCUCUGUCGGCUUCUCCCUUCGGCCGCUCACAGUCCCAUUCCUCCAUCAGCACAGUUAAGUCUGUCAAGAAAGAUCCGCAGACGGAGCAGGAGGUGAGUCACGGAACAGAAGACGAGCCUCAGCAGCCGAGUGCCGCGGUCCUACCUCGCAUGAGCCUCGGUCAGUUCAGCGACGUGACGCUCUCGAGUUCCCAAGACAGUUACACCUCAGGACAGAAAUUAGGAGCGUCCUCUGUGGUGAGCCUAGAGGUUGACAACUACGCCCCCUACUGGACUUCCAAAGUGUUGACACCGCCACCUCAGCCCCGGCCUCAAGAGUUUAACAUUGAAGAAAGAAUCCCGUUGUAUCUCCAAAACCUGGGCAUUGACCAGUCUCCUUCAGCAAUCUUGACUCCGUUUGUACCCAGAGGACCGAUAAGAGAGCCAGAGUUUUCUCCUAGUGAUUUCACUACAAUUAAAGGAUCGAUUGGGACGCCAACCAGAAGCAUUCUGCCCUCUGAAGGUGGCAGUCUACAUAAAGGAGAGUUCUCCAGGUCCAGUGUCCUGUCUCUGGACUCCAGUGUCUCUGUCCCCCUGAGCCUGGACGGUCUGGCUCCAGUCCCGGUCCCAGAGCCCACCAGAACCUCUCCUUUAUCAGACUCUGCAGUGGAUCGGAGUUACCACAGACAGGCUCAUCAACCGGACUCAGAAUCCUCCUUUCCCAGACAGCAGGAGGGCAGCAACUUCUCCAACGGCCAGACCACCAUCCAGCCAGCAGACCAAGCUGGGUCCGACCCCUGGUUGGUCACCAAGAGUAGAUGUGUGGACAAAGACUUGGAAACUCACUUGCAAAGGAAACAAAGUCUGGAACAAAGUGCAGAGGAUUCUUUCGUCAGCUCCACUGCCUUGUCGGAGAUCCGUAAACUACUGACUCAGGCCGACAGCGUGGUUUCAUCCAGGUCCUCCGCAGCCUCCGAUUUGUUUCUGUCACUGAAGAAGAAAACCAGCAGAGUCCAGGAUGACCCCCACCCUUCCUCUUCCGCUGAUGAAGACCCCACAGCUCGUCGCUCUCUGCUGUGGACCAGGUCUUCAUCCGACUCCGCGCUGACCUCGGACAAACCCAGGGAAAGCGUCACAGGUGGGGAACCUUCACCGGGGAGCCCUGGUUACCCGAGUGCCCAGACCUCCGUUGCUGCACGCGUCCCACAGCAGAGCGGCGUGGUCAGCAGAAGCGCAGGGAUGUCCCUCGUUCUGUCUAAGUCGGUCCGGAGGGCGGAGCCUGAGGGCUGCAGCGCUGCACCACCACCGCAGCCCCCCGUCACCAACCCGUCACCAGCUACAAGUACACAUCAGCUCAGCUCCACCCCCACGCCGCCAAACGAGGUGAAACCCACCGCGCAGGGACGACCCUUGGACAGCGACUCCUCCUCGUCCGUCCCCGAUGACGCCGACCAGGGAGGGAUGAGUGACGGGAGCAGCGACAGCUCACUGGCGGUCAGAGUGGCCAAAUUACUGCAAAGUGAGUCUCCGGCCACCAUGGUGUCCAGCACAGGCAGCACCACUGACCAAGAGGAGAGCAAGGCCAGAGGUGAGAGCAGCAAGUGGAUUCCAGAGUGGAUUAAACUCGUGAUAUCAGGACUGCAGUGUGAAGCACUGGAGCUGGACAAAGAAGACAGACGGAGGAUUGAAGAGAUCAAGAGAGAGCUGUUGUUGAAAAACCCUAUAAAGAGCCAAAGUAGUUCAGACACAGAGGCCAGUGCAGCGUCCAGUGUUAAAGACCAGAGGAGUCACAAUCCACCUCAUCCUGCGGAGACGUUCGCCUCCAUCAACGACAUCCAGCCGUCUGAGAGCGUCGCUGCUAAAACCUCAGACUCCAGUGGGCACCUUCACAACCCAUCUGCUGAAAAUAUUGAGGCGCGGGUACGAGAGAUUGCCGUCAGAGAAGGCGUGACCCUCCCCAGGACCAGAGCACUCACCUCCAUCACCAUCUCCACCUGCAGACGCUCCGUCUCCCCUUCACCCUCCACCUCCCCGGUACCUCCACUGAGCCCAGCUGCAGAACCGCUGCAUCCGAGCCCCCCCGCCUUGGCAGCAGCCAACGGGCAGCUUCCACCGACAUGGACUGAAGAAAACUCGACCAAAGAGCCAGGAUCCACGUCUUCACCGAGCGACGACCUCCUGAACGCUCAUCCAGCAGCAGGACGGACGAGGCAGGACGCCGUAGGAGGACACAACGAAGACCUUCCCUCGUCCUCUCUGGGUUUGAACAACAAUGAUGACGGAAACGCAGCGUCUUUGAAAAGAGAAGAAAAGUUAAUAAUCCAAGACACCUCAGGUCCUGGUUCUGGUCCUGGUCCAGAGCAGGCCCGGGCCAGAACGGGUCACGUGUCACACAUCCGUCUCACGCUGUCCCCCAAGGCCACCGAUCACAGCGUGUCCACCACCAUCUCCACUCAGGACCGGGUCAUUCCUCGGAAAGUCUUCGUCCCUCUCAGACACUCGUCGUCCGUCUCCAGCCCGGAUGAGGGUGUGGGUUUGUCCAGUCCACCGGAGUGGAACGAGGCCAGAGAGCAACUCAGACCACGAGGGUCCAGGAGGACGGAUGUCUCUUCACUCUUCAAACCUCAGAAAAGGACCACCGCCACCUCCACAACCUCCGUCCAGGUGUCACCGAAGCCCUUCGCCAUGGAAACACCAGCGGUCCCGCUCCUGUUGCCGUAUAAACCACGGGGGAGUGAAGAGCUCUUCUAUAUCCCUCAGACUGAAACCGACGUCUGGUCUACGGACACCUCCAUGGAGAGCAGCCACACAGGCUCAGACGACGCUGUCCCUCCUCCAUUCAGCAGCGAGGUCCUGGGUCAGCUGGAUCCAGGUGUGGACCGUGGAGUCACCAUCAGACACACAGAGGGAAUCUACAGUAAAAGGCUGAAGACGAUGGAGCUGCCGGCUUCCACAGGCAUCUCUGUCGCAGCAGGACCCUCCCAAACGGACCAGGGUCCGCCUUCUCGUCCGUCCACAGACGCCUUCACCUCAGUGUCUUCAACAAACCUCCCAGAACCCCCACCGUCCAGGAGAGACCAGGGGACCAGCCCAGUCCACUUCCCUGGUUCGGAUCACCCACAGCCCAGCAGUGAUGUCUUUCAGCCGGUUCAGGUGCACAGAGACCAGAUCCGGACAGUCCAUGUCCUGGAUCACAGCCCUGUGGAGCCAGACCAGGACGGGCAGGAGUCCACCGUCCUCCAGUCCAGGUCCCAGCUCAGUGCCCUGGACCAGCUGUGGCAGAGGUUCUGUGAGCACUGGAGCCUGGACCAGACCCGUCCAACCAGAGACAAGGAGGCGUCUCUGCUGGAGCGUCUGGAGCGUCUGUCCCGCCUGAUCCAGACCAGACAGGACGGGACGGGUUCAGAACCGGAGCAGCAUCGAUCCACCACAGAACCGAAACCUGGAACUGGGGAGGAGGACCUAAGAGUUCUGAAGAAACACAGACACGAGGGGUUUGGAGAAAUGAGGAGGGUUCAGGGUGAGGACAGAGACCUGGACCAGAAACACAGACCAGUUCACCUGAGACCUCCUCAGACCUGGACCUCCAAACCUGCAGAGGACACCUUCUCUUCCCAGAGUCCACACCUGUGUCCUGCAGACAGAGACGAGUCAGAGACGCUGUCCACCACGUCCGGGUCCAUGUCCACCGUGGACACGGCCCGACUGACCCGAGCCUUCGGCAUCCACAGAGUCCAGAACCUGAAGACCGGCUCCAGCCUCAGUAAACUGUACACCGCCAUCAACAAGCAGAAAGAGGGGCGGGGCCAGAGGAGAGGGCGCCACAAAGACCCACCUGUCCUCACCCCAUCAGAGACCACCGGGUCCGACGAUUCCUCUAUCACAGCUGACUCCACGUCGUACAUGGACUCCUACACCGUCCAAUCACAGCGCAGACCCUCCACCGUUCUGACAACCAAGAAAACUGUCAAACUGGUCAACAAAGGCAUUCAAGCAGGCGACCUGGAGAUCGUCAGUAACGGGACUCGACGCCACACCCGCGACGUCGGAACCACGUUUCCGUCUCCCAGACUGAUGUCAUCUUCGUCCAGCGCUGACAGAGGAAGAGGAGGAGGAGGGGGGGGAGGAGGAGGGAGGAGCUCCACUAAGAGUUCACAGAAACAGAGGAGGAGCAGGAGGAGGAGCCCCAACAGGAUCUACCCUGAAGGCGUGUCUUGGUUCAUCUCUGCCGACGACCUCAGAUCUGAGUCCAGGAAGGAGAACCAGCCCAAGGAUGACGGGCUGCUUCAGAGGCGGAGCUUGGCCUGGUUCGAGUCGUACACCAGAACCGACCCAUGGAGGGAACCGCUCCGACAGAGACAAGUCCACCAGCCCGCUAUGACACAGCACACGGACCCGGACCCUGAACCCAGAACCAAAACCACCGGUCUGACCCGGGUCUCCCUCCAGGAGGCGCUGCAGACGCGUCGUCCAGGCUUCAUCUCCAGGUCCAACCAGAGGAUGAGGCGUCUGGCUCUGCAGGUGGAGCAGAGGAGGCUCCAGACCACCUUCAGCAGGGAACUGGAUCAGGUCUGGGAUCGACCAGGGAGACUCCCCAAACCAGCAGGAACAGCUCAGCUGAGGAGGGCGGUACCGAGGAGGGAGAUGGUCCAGAGGUCCAAACAGAUCUAUGAGAAUCUGCCGGAGGUUCAAAUAAGGAGAGAAGAGGAGCGACGGAAAGCCCAGUACAGAACCUAUCGACUCAACGCUCAGAUUUACAACAAGAGAAUCACCAACCACGUCCUGGGCAGACGAACGGCCUGGAACUGACCAGUAAAACGCACAAUAAACCAGUAACCCACCAAUUUAACUA